AUGAAUUUUGAGGAUAACUCCAUCUCUAUGUUCACAUGGGCAAUUAAUGAACGAGUCGUAGAAGUUAUAGGAAGCGACGAUGAGCCGUAUGCUCCAGAAUUUGAAAUUCUGAGAAUGUUAGGACGAAAAAAAGAACUGAAAAUGGAAUUGAAGAAAGAUCCGAAAAAGUUGGAGAUUCGAAAAGAGAUUGAUGAAAUUGAGAAGGAGCUAUGCAGGAGGGGAAUGACAUUUCUAAAUGGGUGGCCUACAUUUUAUAAAGCUGAUAUAGAAUAG